UCCCUAGCAGUACAGCAUCAGUGAUCUAGCAACUGACGAUCGAGUCUGACUGACACCAGCAACAACCAGGACACCCGUUACCAUCCGUGCCGCGACACUCGCAUCCUACAGCUUAGUGUGCGACUCUGUGUGAUUCUGUGUUUUCGACCGUGUGUGCAAGGUGCAAGUGCAAGGUGCAGCAAUGAAUCCCGUAGUGCGUUCCGUUCUAGCCGUCGUGCUGAUCGGUGUGGUUGCGGCCGCCACCGAGGACUAUCAGAGCCAGAGCCUGCGGGCGAUUGUGCGGGUGUAUGACGAGUGCUCGAAGGCGGAAACUGGCUUCAGCCCGUGCCUGAAGAAGCGUGCCAUCACCUUCAUCGACCGACUGUCCCGCGUCGAUGCGCUGGCACUCGGUGAUCUGAAGAUUGUGCGUAACGAGCGGGCGGCGGCCGAGCCGACCAAACCGCUGACCGAGGCCGAGCUGGAGCAGAGCUUGCCGCGCGGACUGGAGGCACGGGAUGAGGCGCUCACCAACAUGCUGCUCGAGAAGGUUGCGGGCAUUUUCAGCAGCCGCACGGUGCAGGUGACCCUGCCGAAGCUGUCCAGCGAGGAGCUCGGCCGUGGCCUGGAAGAAGGCCGCGGUAAGAUGAAGAAGAUGAUGAGCAUGAUGAUCAUGGGCUUCAUGAUGAAAAUGGCCGCCAUGGUGCCGGUGGCGAUCGCCGGGCUCUACCUGCUCGCCGGCAAGGCGCUGAUCGUGUCCAAGAUCGCCCUCCUGCUGGCCGGUAUCAUCGGGCUGAAGAAGCUGGUCGCCAGCAAGCAGCAGCACGGCAGCGGCUGGUCGAGCGGCGGCUCCGGACACGGCGGCUGGGAUCGACGAUCGGCCGAUGCUGCGGCGAUCGCUCAGAAUAUGGCGUACAGUGCCUACGCUAAGAACCAGGCGUAAAGCGUCCAAAUUUCCCCACCAAACCCACACACGCAUACAACUUCCCGUGCUACUUCUUCACCUCCAGCAG